AUGCCAAUAAUGAUAGAAUGUGCUUGUGAAGUCUGGAAGAAGAAUGUCGAAGAGCUCAAAAACAUAAUUCAAAAGUCUGAAGCUCCUACUGUUCUCCACCUAUAUGCCAUUAUACCUGGAGAUAUAAAGCAAGCGAGGAAGAAAUAUGAAACUGGAAAUGUGAUCUGA